AUGUGGAUUGUCAACUGGUUCUAUGAUGUGCUGUCCUCCUUGGGACUGCUCAACAAGCACGCAAAGCUGCUCUUCUUGGGUCUCGACAAUGCCGGAAAGACUACUCUGCUUCACAUGCUGAAGAACGACCGUGUCGCUAUCCUCCAGCCCACUCUUCACCCCACAUCCGAGGAGCUUGCCAUCGGCAACGUUCGAUUCACCACCUUCGAUCUCGGCGGUCACCAGCAGGCCCGACGUAUCUGGCGCGACUAUUUCCCCGAGGUCAACGGCGUUGUCUUCCUUGUCGAUGCCAAGGACCACGAGCGAUUCGGUGAGGCCAAGGCCGAGCUCGACGCCCUCCUCUCCAUGGAGGAGCUUUCCAAGGUUCCCUUCGUCAUUCUCGGCAACAAGAUCGACCACCCUGAUGCUAUCUCUGAGGACGAGAUGCGACACCAGCUCGGCCUUUACCAGACAACCGGCAAGGGCAAGGUCCCUCUCGAGGGUAUCCGACCUAUCGAGCUCUUCAUGUGCUCAGUGGUUAUGCGACAAGGCUACGGCGAAGGUAUACGCUGGUUGUCGCAGUACGUAUAG